AUGGACCGACCCUUUGACAAUUCACUGCCAACGUUAUCCAUCCUGAGAGAUGCUAAGAGCAUGUGGAGUAGAAGGCGUAUUAAAGUGACACAGGAUAAGCCACAGUCGUCGAGCCGCACUAAUUCUGUGGCUGCAAAAUCACAAGAAAAAGGACAGCAAUUAUUGGCAAGAGAUUUUGUAAUGGAAAAUGAGCCUUUUCUCGGCAACCAUACAAGUCACAAACCCCAACCCAUUGCCACGCUCACUCAGUCUCUUUCAACCCCAAUACUAUUCCCUGAAAUCCAAGAUGUCCCACAAACACCAUCAACUUCUCCUUCUCCUCCACUCGGAUCUCCUAAUACCCGUUUCAAGAAACCCGGUGCUCUUCACAGGUGCAAAACAGCUCCUGCUAUGGUUGUCAUGCGAGAGUUUCAACCAACAGAGCCCCAAAUUCCUAAACCACAAUCUGAGUCUAACUCCGUAAUCAGGCAAGCCAUUUUCUUGCUAUCUUUGUAUCUAAUUCUUGGAGUUAUUAUCUACUCUUUCAACACUGAUCACUUCUCGGGUAUUGAGACUCACCCGGUUGUUGAUGCCGUGUAUUUCUGUAUAGUCACUAUGUGUACUAUUGGUUAUGGUGAUAUAGCUCCUUUAACACCAGGGACAAAGGCCUUUGCUUGUGUGUUUGUGUUAGUUGGGUUUGGAUUUAUAGACAUCUUGCUCAGUGGGCUUGUUAAUUACGUUCUUGAUUUACAAGAAAGCAUGAUUUUGACUACUAUUGAAAUGGAUAAAAAUCGAAAUCGCGAAGGGUUUUCAGCUACUAAUUAUAUUUUUGAUGUCAAAAAGGGGAGGAUGAGGAUAAGAUUGAAGGUUGGAUUGGCACUUGGUGUCGUGGUUCUGUGUGUUGGAAUUGGGACCUUGGUUUUGUACAUUUUGGAGGGUCUUGAUUGGAUUGAUUCAGUUUAUUUGGCGGUUAUGUCAGUUACGACCGUCGGGUAUGGUGAUAGGGCGUUUAAGACCUUGCCAGGGAGGUUGUUUGCUGCAAUUUGGCUUUUGGUUUCGACAUUGGCGGUAGCAAGGGCAUUUCUUUAUUUGGCAGAGGCAAGGAUUGAUAAGAGGCACAGGAGGAUUACUAAUUGGGUGUUGCAUAGAGAUAUUACUGUGGAGGAUUUGCUUGCUGCGGAUAUCAACAAUAAUGGUUUCAUUAGUAAAUCAGAAUAUGUAAUUUAUAAGCUGAAAGAGAUGAGAAAGAUCAGCGAGAAAGAUGUCUUACAGAUUUGCAAUCAAUUCAGCAAGCUUGAUCCCAACAACUUGGGAAAGAUAACCUUGCCUGAUCUCUUGGAGAAUCGCUUGGAGGCAGAAAUCUGGGCAUCAAAGUUCACUGGUAUACGUGUACAUCUUAUCUUCGUUAGUUCUAGCAAAAGAUGCAUUGGUUGCAUGAAGCUGUACAGUCAUGGAAAGGGUAGUUAUCUUAGUACUUAG